GCGCCGUGUCUCGGGCUCCGACAGCAACUUCACCUUCGAGCUGCCCGAGACACUGCACAUGUUCGCAUCGCCGACGCCUUCCUGUCCACAGACAACGGGCCGGAACCUCUACUGGAUCGACGAGGCCCUGGGCACCCUGAACACUGCGCAGCUGCCCGUGGGCGCCUACACCGGCACAAGGCUGGCCGCGUGGAUCUCAAGCAAUUACGCCUCGGCCACCUACAUGGAGGCGCAGAACUCGAUAGAAGUUGCAUCGGACGGGAACCGCCGAGUCUUGUCAGACGCGGAGCUUCUGAACCUCUUCCCCAACGGGCCCGGCUACCCCCCAGGCGCCUACGCCACGCGGCCCCAGAGCAUCAACCACCUGCUGGGGGGCAGCUACCUCGACGGGGUUUAUCUUCGAUCCAGGGAGCUGGGCAACGCUGCCCACAUCCUGGGGCCGUUGGGGAACGACAUAAUCUGCAAGGUAAUCAUCGACAAGGGCGUGGGCCACGUCAUGAAGGACCAAACGGACGACGGGCACCUGGUGGAGCUGCGGGGCCCGAUCACCCUCCGCACGCUGAAUUUCCGCCUCACCGACGUGAUAAAUGAUUUCCCUUAUAAGAAAAAAGCGGAAAUGCCGGAUGAGCAGAAGCCCGACCAGGCUGAGGAGGCAGCAGGCGCGGCUGCUGGACCCGAGCCCGCGGAACGCGGAGAGCUCAGUCACGCCGCCCCAGAGCCUGUGCGACCAACUGCUGGACUUGCUGGGGAUCUUCCCGCAGUUUCCCCUCCCGGGCCUGCCGACGCCGUGGUGGCCGUGCCCCCUGCGGAGGGUGCCGGAGCCGCAGAGCCCAAGGCCGCGCCCAAGAAGAGAGGCCGCCCGCCCCGCAGCAAAAACAAGCCCAAGCCGCCGCCAGCAACCGUCCGCGCCGACCCUGGGCAAGCGGUGAACCGUUACCGCAGGCUCCAGUGGCUCCGGAGCCGGAGCAGCAGCCGGAGCAGCCGCGCCGCCCUGUCCACCUGA